AUGGCACGAGAGCUUAAAAGUUGGUCCUUUUGGCGGGCAGUAUUGGCCGAGUUUGUUGGGAUGACCAUUUUUGUUUUUAUUGGCAUAGCCUCUGCCAUCGGAAACAAGCACAACAGAUAUCCUGACCAAGAGGUUAAAGUAGCUUUAGCUUUUGGCCUGGCCAUUGCCACAUUGGCUCAGAGUUUGGGGCAUAUCAGUGGAGCCCACCUGAACCCAGCUAUUACUUUAGGCCUUUUGGUUAGCUGUCAGAUCAGUUUCUUCAAAGCCUUCAUGUAUAUCGUUGCCCAGAUGUUGGGAGCUGUGCUGGCAAGUGGCAUUAUGUUCAAAGUUAGUCCUGACCCUGAAUCAACACUGGGCCUCAAUAUGCUGAGUAACGGUGUGAAACCGGGUCAGGGAUUUGCCAUUGAGCUUUUUGCAACCUUUCAGCUGGUCCUCUGUGUCCUGGCCACAACAGACAAACACCGAACUGAUGUUACAGGCUCUGCACCCCUAGCCAUCGGACUGUCCGUUGGUUUAGGGCACCUGGUAGCAAUCAGUUACACCGGAUGUGGCAUCAACCCCGCUAGAUCUUUUGGACCAGCCGUUGUUCUUGAAUCAUUUAAAAACCACUGGAUAUACUGGAUUGCACCCAUGUGCGGUGGGGUGGCUGCUGCUCUUGUGUACGACUUCUUGCUCUGCCCAAAAAAGGAAGCGCUUCGCAAGCGAAUGAACGUUCUGAAAGGCACAGCUGAUCCAGACUCCUCCGCGACAGAAGCCCUAAUUGAACCCCGAACCCCCAGAUCUGGUUCUGGUCAGUGGCCCAGGAGCUGAGUAAAGAUGGAUUGCAUGCAGAACCACCGG